GUGACUGGACCUGCCACAAGUUGAUGUGGCACGCAGGAACCGGGGCUUGCAGACUGUGAACUUGAACUGAAAAUAACGCCUGACGUUCAUUUUUUUUCAAUCGGUUUGAAAGAAGCCAAGCCAUCAUGCUCCUACAGAGGUUGUCUCUGUGCGCCAGGCUUUGCUCAGGCCCGAAAAUUCUCCAGACCUUCUCCAGGACCGUUUCCCAAGGAAAGAUGCCACUGGCUCGCGCCCACGGUAAGUCUUUCGGCCACCGCAGCGAACUGCGCCAGGCCAAGAGGAUUGUUGUGAAGCUUGGCAGCGCCGUGGUAACCCGCGGAGACGAGUGCGGCCUCGCCUUGGGCCGGCUUGCCUCCAUUGUGGAACAGGUGGCAGUGCUGCAGAACCAAGGCAGAGAGAUGAUGAUCGUCACCAGUGGAGCGGUGGCGUUUGGGAAACAGAGACUGAGGCAUGAGAUCCUGUUAUCUCAGAGUGUCCGUCAAGCCCUUCACUCGGGACAGAACCAGCUCAAAGACAUGUCGCUGCCUGUUCUGGAGGCUAGAGCCUGUGCAGCAGCAGGUCAGAGUGGACUCAUGGCUCUGUAUGAGGCUAUGUUCACUCAGUACAGCACCUGUACUGCACAGAUCCUGGUGACAAACCUGGAUUUCCAUGACGACCAGAAGAGACGGAACCUGAACAGCACCCUGCACGAGCUGCUGAGGAUGAACAUCGUUCCCAUCAUCAACACCAACGACGCGGUGGUGCCGCCUCCGGAGCCCAACAGCGACCUGCAGGGGGUAAACGUGAUCAGUAUUAAGGACAACGACAGUUUGGCCGCUCGCCUGGCGGUCGAGAUGAAAGCCGACCUCCUCAUCGUACUGUCGGACGUAGAAGGUCUGUAUGACAGCCCUCCAGGGACAGACGAUGCCAAGCUCCUGGACACAUUUUACCCCGGUGACCAGCAGUCUAUUACCUACGGCACAAAGUCCAGGGUUGGCAUUGGUGGAAUGGAGGCGAAGGUGAAAGCUGCCCUGUGGGCUCUCCAGGGAGGCACGUCAGUGGUCAUCGCCAACGGCACUCACCCCAAGGUCACAGGUCACGUCAUCACUGACAUAGUGGAGGGAAAGAAAGUGGGCACUUUCUUCUCAGAAGUCAAGCCAGCUGGUCCCACGGUGGAGCAGCAGACUGAGAUGGCCCGCACUGCAGGCAGGCUGCUCGCCGGUCUGGACCCAGAACAGAGAAGUGAGAUAAUCUGUGCCGUGGCCGACCUCCUCACUGAGAAGAAAGAUGAGAUUUUGUCUGCCAACAAAAAGGACAUGGAGCUCGCUAUUAAUGCAGGUCGGAUGUCUGCUCCCAUGCUGAAGCGUCUGAGCUUGUCGCCAGCCAAGCUGAACAGCCUGGCCAUCGGCCUGCGCCAGAUCGCCGUGUCGUCUCAGGACAGCGUGGGCCGCGUGCUGCGGAGGACACGCGUGGCCAAUAAUCUGGAGCUGGAGCAGAUUACCGUCCCCAUCGGGGUCCUGCUGGUCAUCUUCGAGUCCCGUCCCGACUGCCUGCCUCAGGUGUCUGCUUUGGCGAUAGCCAGUGGAAACGCGCUGUUACUGAAGGGAGGGAAGGAAGCAGCCAACACGAACCGUAUCUUACACGAACUCGCCCAGGAAGCUUUGGCCAUACAUGGAGUCAAGGAUGCCAUUCAACUGGUGAGCACGCGUGAAGAGGUUGAGGAUCUGUGUCGACUGGAGAAGCAAAUUGAUCUGAUCAUUCCCCGUGGCUCCUCUCAGCUGGUUAGGGACAUCCAACGCGCCGCCAAAGGGAUCCCUGUCCUCGGCCACAGCGAGGGUAUCUGCCACGUGUACGUGGACCACGAGGCCAGCAUCGAUAAAGUCAUUAAGAUCGUGAGAGACUCUAAAUGUGAUUACCCUGCGGCCUGUAACGCCAUGGAAACGCUGCUGGUGCACAGAGACAUCCUGAGAACCCCACUUUUUGACCAGAUCAUCGACAUGUUGAGAACAGAACAUGUGAAGAUUCACGCUGGGCCCAGGUUUGCCUCUUACCUGACCUUCAGCCCGUCUGAGGUCAAGUCUCUGCGGACUGAGUAUGGUGAUCUGGAGUGCUGUAUAGAGGUGGUGGACAGCAUGCAGGAAGCUGUGGACCACAUUCACAAAUACGGCAGUUCUCACACUGAUGUCAUUGUCACAGAGAACGAGGAAACAGCAGAGCAGUUUUUGCAGCAGUUGGACAGCGCCUGUGUAUUCUGGAACGCCAGUUCACGUUUCGCUGACGGUUAUCGCUUCGGCCUCGGUGCGGAGGUGGGCAUCAGCACCGCCCGUAUUCAUGCCCGAGGGCCCGUGGGCCUGGAGGGACUCCUCACCACGAAAUGGGUGCUUCGCGGAGACGGUCACACGGCGGCGGAUUUCUCCGAGUCGGGCAGCAUGACGUACCUCCACGAGAAUCUGCCCGUGGCCCACUCUCUGCCUGGCAAGAGAACUUCUAACUAGAGCCCUGUCUUAGUCUCCCAACCAGCCUGCUCACAGUCAUAAACUGAACCCACAGAAAUGCCCCGUACAAGGACAGCUUGGAACCAAACGGAGCCCCCCCAAAAAAACCCCAAAGGAUGUGCCCAGUUUAGCCUCUGUAUGAACUGACAAAUUAGACGAUACAGAUACACACACACACACACACACACACACAUUGUAAGAGUUUCCAAAGAUUUGUCGUAAGGGUUUGGUUGGUCCUUUGAGACCAAAGACUUCAUUCUGACUGUCACUCUACCUCAGCGCUUAGGAGUCCACUGUACUGAUUUCACACUGGGAAUUCUCUAGUGUCAGUCAGUUGAUUUUUGUGAAUUUAUAACAUCAUCACUAUUUUUCAUUUGCUCUCCCAAGUUGCUGUGUCCCGUUCACAGCGGGAUUCCAUAUUCCAGGAGGAAUAUAUUAAGUGUAGACCUGUAACUAAUGCUGAUCUUUUUUUUCACUGAUUUUUAUGAAGGGUAGUUUUCCUUGGGCUUUUGCUGUGUCCUUAGAGAGAUUUGGUGUCACCGUUUGAUUCCAGAAGGUUCUUGUGAGAUGUCAUCUUUCUCGUCCCUUGAUUUAGAUCCACAGACUUCUCCAUCAGACUGGACUCAUUUUAAUGAUCUCUUUAGGGGAUUCUAAUACACCCUCCUCUGAGUAAUGUCUCCGCCGCCUCGUUAAAGCAGCAGAACAUCCCAUAAUAACAGGAAAAGUGGAAAUAUACAGUUAAUUUAUUACAUAUGGCUGUUUUCAUUUCUGUGCAUUUACAUCCAGGGGGUUAUUAUGUUUAAAAAAAAAACAAAACAAAACUGGAACUGUGUGUGGCUUUAAUAGAGCAACUUUCUUUUUCUCUGAAGUUUGUUGAAAAAGUCCUGUACAUACAUACAUUCUGUGCUUUUAUUUGUUGAGGAAGAUGAAGUUAUCUCGUUUUCUUGCUGCAACAUAAAUGCCCCUUGGUCAAAAGCAUUAAUGCGUCGAAACCUAAAAGCAUUACCAAUAAGCUGUUAGUUUGAUGUUCUGAAAACAGUUUUGAUUUUCUAAAUAAAAAUUAAGGUUUCUUUUUGUAUGUUUAGUAAUCAUUGUUAUUGUUGCUUUUUGCUCUUCGCGCAUUGCAUUCACAAGGAAUGUGCAGGACAGCUGAACAUGUUGUCACGGUCACAGAGCCCAUUGAUUUGACUUGGCUUUUGUCCUUUCUGGUUGGCAGGGAACUUAUUUUCACUCAUAUGACAAGUGCCGUAACAUUCCAGAAUCCCAUCAUGGUACCCAGUGUAAAACCACACUGAUAUUGUCCAGGAGUUUUGUAUUACAUCAGUGUAAUGUAUAAUAAAGGUUUUGCA